UUCAGUGCUACCGGCGCAGCUUUUUUCUUUUCUUUUCUUCUUCUUUGCAACUGGACGCAAAGGAGCCGGGAAGUUUCCGGUGCCGGUUGCGGGUGGUGCGGUGGGCAACUGCUUGUCUGGCGUUGGCGUCUCGGCCGCUUCCACCGUUUUCCUGCCCCGAUCCAACACCGGGCGAUGUUCUCAGAAGCAUCUGGGCGGCUACUGUGCCCGAUGAGUGUCUAGGCGAGCCAACCUAUCCAUCCCUUCCUCCCGUGGGAGAUUGCCCGUCUCCUUCCUGGAAAAGUGUCCCCGUGCCUGGGUGUGUGUGAGGGCUUUGCAAAAGGAAACUUUGGGAAGUGACGGGGGCGCCUCCCCCACCCCUUCCCUGCCCUUCCUUUCCCUUCCCUCCCCCUUUCCAUUAAGACUCCCGGCAGCAUCUGGAGCGCCUGGUGCUGAACUGUGCCUGGUGGGGCUGGUGACUUCUGGAGCGGUGGAAGCAGCUGCCGCCGAGCACAAAAAGAAGUCUGUCUUGCUCUUGUCUCUCUUCAUCCCGCUGCCCCCCCCCCUCCCUCCCUCCCUGCCCAUCUUAUAACGCUCUUGGUCUCGCUCUCGUUUCCCUUCUCCAGGAUGGCAUGGAUCUAGGGAGCGACCCCUGCAGCAGCCGCUCCAGCUCCGAGUCCAGUUCCAGCAAAGUGACUCCUUGCUCGGAAUGCAAAUCUUCCCCGUCGCCUACCAGCCUGGAUUUGGCUGCUUUGGAGGACUCAGAAGAGGAAGAGGAGGAAGAAGAAGGAAGAGAGGGGGAGGAGGAGGACGACGACGACUUCCAGGAGUCCACCGAGAGGAAAGUGAUUGAUGUGUGGAAGGAGGAUGGGGACUAUGCCCGCUGCCGUGCCAAAACCACCCCUACCAGGAGGAGUUUAACCCAAGAGCUGGUGGAGGUGAGGAGUACCUGCCUCACCCUCCCCACUGCCACCAUGCCCCCCCCAGCUCCCAGCACUAACCCCCCUCCCCAUCCUCUCCAGCCUCACCGUCACCUGCUGGACCUUAGGCACAAUGCCAACAUGGUGCCGUCCAGCCACCACCGGACUGGACACAAAGGGGGUGGGGGCUACAGCAAAGCCCCCUGCCUCCAGAGAGCUCAGCAGGGAGGUCCUUUGCUUUCCUUCCACCCCGUGGAGAACUCCUUAGGAGGGGAUGCCUUGAAAGAGCAGGAGCCUCAGCUGCCCACUAUGGACUGGGAAGCACUGGAGAAACACCUGGCGGGGUUGCAGUUCCAAGAACAGGAGCUCCGGAGCCAGAAGAGCAACUACACCUCUGCGCAAAAAAAUGAAAGAGAAUCUAUCAGGCAAAAACUGGCACUCGGAAGUUUCUUUGAUGAUGGCCCAGGAAUUUAUACAAGUUGUAGUAAAAGUGGCAAGCCAAGCCUUUCUUCUCGGUUACAGAGUGGGAUGAAUUUACAAAUUUGUUUUGUCAAUGACAGUGGAAGUGACAAAGAUAGUGAUGCUGAUGACAGCAAGACUGAAACUAGUCUAGAUACUCCUUUAUCUCCUAUGAGCAAGCAGAGCUCUUCCUAUUCUGACAGAGAUACUACUGAGGAGGAAUCUGAAUCCUUGGAUGAUAUGGAUUUUCUCACAAGACAAAAGAAACUUCAAGCCGAAGCCAAAAUGGCUCUGGCGAUGGCAAAGCCAAUGGCCAAAAUGCAAGUAGAGGUGGAAAAACAGAAUAGGAAAAAAUCUCCAGUAGCUGAUCUUCUGCCACAUAUGCCUCAUAUAAGUGAAUGCUUGAUGAAAAGAAGUUUAAAACCCACAGACCUGAGAGAUAUGACAAUUGGGCAACUACAAGUGAUAGUCAAUGAUCUACAUUCACAGAUAGAAAGUUUAAAUGAAGAAUUGGUGCAACUGCUGCUUAUUCGAGAUGAAUUGCACACAGAGCAGGAUGCAAUGCUGGUAGACAUUGAAGACUUGACCAGACAUGCUGAAAGUCAGCAGAAGCACAUGACUGAGAAAAUGCCAACAAAUAAAAUGGGACGCCAUCCAGCUAAAAACAGACUAGAACUUAUUUGCUUCUGUUGUUGUACAAGCACUGAUGUUCCAUACCUGGCACACAAGAAAAUCAGUGUUAGCCAUUGAUUCUGGGCACAAUCUGCCAAGCACCAGGAACCCUGCACGAAUCCCUCCUCAAAACAAUGGUGGAUGCACAAGAGUGCUUGGUGAAUUGCUCCCUGCUAUCUGAAGCUUUAUGUCCAGUGACUGGCCUAAUUGCUUUUUUUUUUAAUUUAUUUGCUGUGGUUUAGGUUUUUUUUUUACUUGUGCCACUAAAUAUUGGACAUUUCAAUAAUCUUACUGUAGAACAAAAUGUACAAUACUUAUAAACAUUGCAAACAUGAAAAGAAGGAGGAGGAUAGUUUAACUUUUAUUUUGUUUAUUUAGAGACUUUUAAGUUAAAACAGUAUUUUACCAUUGACUACUUUUAUCAUUUCACCGUAGUUUUAAACAAAUGAGACUGUAAUUUGAAGGUGCUAUACAAGUAAAAGAAAAAAACAUACAUGCCUGCCUCGUAGUGAACUUGUAGC